UGCAAUCUAACCAAGCAUUUUUCGACUGCAUGACAAAAUUUAAAAACCUAACCAAUGAAAUCCAGCCCCUUUUUAGUGGUUGUUUUUUUUUUUGUUUCAAUUCCUCUUAACCUGACCACUUUACUUCCGUGACAGCACAUUUAGCACUGCUAACUGAUCAAUGCAUCAUGGAUAAUAACUCCAACAUGAACACCUCUGAUUUCUCUCUACCUCCUCGCACCUGGGUGCACAACGGACUGAUCCCUGCGGUACUGCUGUCCUUCUGCUUUCUCCUGGGAGUUCCUGGAAACAUUGCAGUGAUUCUUUUAAAGCCCAACUGGCAGAACAUGUCCCGCCUGAGCCAGAGUUUGAUGCUCAACUUGGCCAUUUUUGACCUGCUCUCUCUGCUCACUCUCCCACUGUGGAUUUAUGCUCUGCUCAGCACCUGGACAUUCAGUCUCGGAACCUGUAAGCUUUUAGGUUUUCUCGUGUACUGCAGCCUUUACGGCAGCCUGCUGACUGUGACAGCGUUGGGUGUCCAGCGGUACAUUGUGGUGGUGAACCAACGGAGAUGCGUUCAGGUACAAAAAAGUCACCUGCUGGUUCCAUUAUGGUUUGGCGCCACGGUCCUGUCUAUCCCUGCUUUGGUGACGGAACGGGUGGAAACUAACAUCUACGACGGGUGGAGGUACUGCUACCCUCAGUUUUCAUCUCGAGCUCAGGGAUUGGCAGUGCUGCUGUCAGAGACCACAUCUGGCUUUGUUUCCUUUUUUGUCGUGGCCUAUUCCUACAUUCGCCUUCACAGGAAGAUUAGACAGGCAACCUUCUUCAACAACCCACAGACGACCAGGCUGCUGACCAGCAUCAUUGUAAGCAAUUUUGUUCUGUGGUCUCCUCUUCAUACCAUAAAUAUGUUGACCCUGGGAGCCAUCUGCUUCGAAAAUGACAGCUUGUUGAAGUUUUGUGUAGACAUAUGGGACAUUGUCAAAGCAAUUGCUUUUCUAAAUAAUUGCAUUAACCCACUGCUGUAUGCCUUUAGCGUCCAAAAAAUGUGCAGAGUCUGCAUGAACCAAGAAUUGACAAAGCCUACACAAACACUAGAUAUAAGUACAGUUGCAGAAACUAUGAUUACCUAGUGAAAAUGUCAUUUUUGUCUGCAGAACAGAGCAAAGCUUUGAAUCGAAACUUAUGUCCUCUGCUAUUAAAAACUGUGAAAAAUGGGUUUUAAAUUUGAAAUCUACAUUUUCUGCAACAUUGCAGCUGUUGACACAUUUAUACCAGUUUCAGUGUGUCAUUGUAAAUAAUCUUCACUGAGAGUAUUGUGCUGGAGUAGUUUUGUUAAACUUUCUUGUGUUUAUAUUUUACCAAUUUUGAAUUUGGGUUUGCUUUUUGCUUUGUUUUUUUCACAAAGAGUUGGCCUCGAUAUAUGUUGUAAUGUAUAAUUAACCUUGUGCAAAUGUGAAAAUCAUGGCCUUCUAUAGAGUAAUAUUUAUCAAAGUAGAUAAAGUGAUGAGUUUAUUUCUACAUCAGAAUCUUUACAUUGUUGAAAACUGUUGUUGUCCAUUCUGACGUCUAAACUUGAGCCUUUUCUACUUGUAAUGUAAAAUCUGUUUUCCACAUGGGUGUGACGCUUGCCU